GGCGCUAUUUCUGCAUAAUACUUCCGGUAGACGUUACACGAGCAGGGCAAAUGUUUUGUGUUAAUUUCAUGUGCAGUUUAGUGAAACAUUAAAGUGGUUACGUGAACUCGGAUCUAUUCGUGUUAAGCGUAUUCGCUGUAAUUGAAGCCAAAUAUGGAUAUCACCAACCCCCCCGAAGAUCAAGAACUGAGGAAUGUCAUUGACAAGCUGGCCCAGUUUGUUGCUCGGAACGGGCCAGAGUUUGAAAAAAUGACAAUGGAGAAACAGAAGGACAACCCGAAGUUCUCCUUUCUCUUUGGGGGAGAAUACUUCAGCUACUACAAGUGCAAGCUUGCUAUGGAGCAGCAGCAACAUCCCUCUACCCACGAUGGGGAGGAGUAUAAAUCUGAAGAAAUGUACAACCCGGGUGCCAAAGACAUGGUUGAUGUUGCUCCCCCAUCAGUGCAGAUGAUUGUUCCGCCUCCGAUUCCUCCUCCUGCUGCACCCGCUGCUAUUGAUGAGCUCAUUCAGCAGAGCCAGUGGAAUCUACAACAGCAGGAGCAGCAUCUACACACACUCAGACAGGAACAAGUAACUGCAGCCAUAGCUCUUGCUAUGGAGCAGCAGACCCAAAAACUGCUAGUGGAAACUCAGUUGGACAUCACAGAAUUUGACAACUUGCUGCAGCCCAUCAUAGACACCUGCACCAAAGAUGCCAUCUCUGCUGGAAAGAACUGGAUGUUCAACAAUGCCAAGACUGCACAGCACUGUGAACUGAUGACAUCACACCUUCGCAACCGUAUCACUGCUGAUGGAGCACAUUUUGAACUCCGCCUGCAUCUUAUCUAUUUAACCAAUGAUGUUCUUCAUCACUGCCAACGGAAGCAGCAGAAGGAUUUGUUGGCAGCGCUACAGAAAGUUGUGGUUCCCAUCUACUGCACCAGCUUCCUGGCUGUAGAAGAGGAGAAGCAGCAGAAGAUCACAAGGUUGCUGCAGCUUUGGGAGAAGAAUGGGUACUUUGAUGAGGAGACCAUUCAGCAGCUACAGAAUCCAGCACUAGGCCUUGGCCAGUACCAAGCAUCUCUGAUAACAGAGUAUGCUGCAGUGGUGCAGCCAAUCCAGCUAGCCUUCCAGCAACAGAUCCAGUCUUUGAAGACUCAACACGAAGAGUUUGUUGCCAGCCUGAAGCAACCGCAGCCUGCACCUGUAACACAACUAGCAACCCCUGCUGAGCCUGAAAAGGCUUUACCCAUGACCACAAAAGCUGGUGAUAGUAAGCCUCCCAUGUCAGGUCCUCCUCCAGGGGAUUUUGAUGGAGCUUCAUCCAGAGCACAGGACCCCAGCAACACCAGCGGCCCCACAGAUAUGCCCUCUAACAAGCCUGCUUGGUAUGACCCCCAGCACAUGGGCCCUUGGAAUCCUAACCAGCCGCCUCCUUUCGAUCCAAACCAGCCUCCCCCUCCUUGUCCUCCCUGGAACAGCCAUGAGGGGAUGUGGAAUGACCAGAGGGACCCAGGUAACUGGAGCGGAGGUCCACCUAGAGAAGGAGGUCCCUGGAGCGGCCCAGGUGGAUCUGACCCAGGCCCUCCAUCUUGGAACUCAUAUGAGCAGCAGCCGCCAUGGGGUAACCAGCCUGACCAGCCCCCGUGGGGCCAGAGGGACCCCCCUUUUCCUCCACGCAUGCAGAGACCUCCUCAUUUCAGAGGACCUUUCCCUCCCCACCAGCAACCGCCUCCUUUCAACCAACCCCCGCCACCACCACACAAUUUUGGCCGCUUCCCCCCUCGCUUUAUGCAGGAUGACUUUCCUCCCAGACACCAUUAUGAUAGGCCGCCGUACACCCCACACCGCUUUGACUACGCUCAGGGAGAUUAUCCUGGAGACAUGCCAGGUCCUCCUCCCCAUCACCAUCCCAAUCAGAGGCUCCCUCCCCCAGUUAUGGCGGCCGAUCAUCCUCCUUGGGGUGGAGGCCAGCACCCGGAUUUUGGCCCACCCCCACACGGCUUCAAUGGCCAUUCACCCCACAUGCGUCAUCGGCAGCAUCCAGUCCAAGAUGAUCCUAGUCUGGUGCCCAACGUACCCUACUUUGACCUUCCAGCUGGUCUCAUGGCUCCGCUAGUCAAACUUGAGGACUGUGAUUAUAAACCUCUGGAUCCUAAAGACAUCCGGCUGCCCCCUCCCAUGCCACCUAGUGAUCGGCUGUUAGCUGCCGUAGAAGCUUUCUACAGCCCUCCAUCCCAUGAUCGGCCUAGAAACAGUGAAGGCUGGGAGCAGAAUGGCCUGUAUGAGUUCUUCAGGGCCAAGAUGAGAGCCAGAAGAAAAAAGGGACAGGAUAAGCGCAACAGUGGUGGUGGAGGCAGUUCGUCCAGGAGUCACUCUCGCAGCAGAGGGAGGUCUUCGUCUCGUUCCAGCUCUCGCUCCUCAAAGUCCUCCCAGUCACGGUCCCGCUCAUCUCGAUCCCGCUCCCACAGCCGCUCUCGCUCCUACUCACGAUCAAGGUCCAGGAGUAGAUCCAGGUCAUCUCGGAGUCGCUCUCGCUCCAGAUCUAGGUCCCGUUCACAUUCGCCUGCCAAGAGACGGCGUGGCCCCAAAUCCCGGAGCUCCUCCCCUCCCUCCACAUCAGUGUUGGGUGCCCCUCCCUCAAAGCUGUCUACAGAUAACAGGCUAGGAGAAGAGAACAAGGGCCAUCAGCUGCUAAUGAAGAUGGGCUGGAGUGGUUCAGGUGGUUUGGGGGCCAAAGAACAGGGCAUCCAAGACCCCAUCAAAGGAGGAGAUGUCAGGGAUAAGUGGGACCAGUAUAAAGGUGUGGGGGUGUCACUUGAUGAUCCUUAUGAGAACUACCGCAGGAACAAGAGCUACAACUUUGUCGCCCGCAUGAAGGCACGAGAGGAAGUUAAUCGGGAACCUCAGGAGGCCCCUUCAACUGACUGAUGUUGUCAAACAAUUUCCUCACCUCCAUCACGGAUUUGAUUUGCACUCUUUUCCAUCCAGGAUUCAGCAGUCUCAAAUUGUUCCUAUUUCUAAAUAAAUAAAGUACCACCACUAACACAGAAGAACUCACCUAGGAUUUUUCAUUCAUCAGACAGUGUGUAGGCAGAUAAUGGACUGUGCCAGAACAUUUUUCAUAGCUGGAAAAAUAAAUAGUAAAUAGUUAAAAAUUGAGAAUGGAAAAAAACGUGACUCAGUAUGAAGGCAGUGCUUUCAUUUCAAAUUAAUUGCACCCUGUUUCAUAUAGACAUUGUAACAGCUGAAUAAGAAAGCAUGCUAUACUAAUUUCAUUUGGGUUUUACACCAUUGUGUUCAUUCUUCACCCUCAUGUUUUAAGUUCAGUAUACCCAAAUUACAAAAAACAAUCCUCAUGUAAUCCAAAUGCUGUAGGUUGUAUUUGUCAGGAGCAAUAUUAUUCUUUGAGAUCUACAGUCUACUUAGUAUGUCAGUAGAAAGCUUUUGUGCUGUUAAAUAUUUGUAAUAAAAACUGCUCACUGUG